AUGUACCGUCAAAAUGGAGUGACCGAGGAGGUUGUAAGACUUAAAAUGUUUCCUUUUUCCUUGAUAGGAGAAGCGGCAAGGUGGCUUGAUUCCCAUGUGGACAACCAUUUUAGAUCAUGGGAACAACUCCACCGAGAAUUCAUGCAAGAGUUCUUUCCCUUGACAAAGACAUUGAAGAUAAGAAAGCAAAUCCAAGACUUCAAACAAGGGUCGUUGGAAUCAUUAGCGGAUGUAUGGAGGCGGUUUAAGACGCUUAAACAUCAAUGCCCACCCGAUGUUCUACAUCCAUGGGACGUCAUUAGUUCAUUCUAUGCCGGCCUCACCGAUGAGUGUAAAUUACUCUUGGACUCGGCCUCUAGACGAUCUUUUGUUUCUACAAGCCCCGAGGAUGCGGAAGAGUUGAUAGGAACUAUUUCAUUAACCACCGGGAAUUGGUACAAUCAAAGAGAGUCAAAGGGAGGAUUGUAUGAAGUAAGCACCGAUACCGCUUCCCAAGCCAAAAUGGAAGCCUUGGGACUUGAGGUAAAACGUUUGCAAGCUCAAAUGGAAAAGAUGAAUAAAAAUCAAAGAGGAAAUUCGUGUAUGACCUUGGCACUCUAUUGUGAUAAAUGUGGGGGUGCACACGGGGCUCACGAGCGUACAUCUAACUAUGAAGAUGGUGGUUAUGAACAAGUCGACGCCGUGGGUUAUCAAAGACCCAAUGAUUACAAUACCUAUGGAAACAACAACAAUCAAAAUUGGCGUCAAGGUCAAGGAUGGCAAAACCAACCAUCCCAAAAUCAAUAUAACCCAAGACCGAAUCAAGCUGGGCCGAGUUACAAUGCACCUUACAAUAGAGGUUUUCAAGAGAACCGGGGGUAUCAAUACAAUCAAAACAAUCAAAGACCGACUCAAGGAGCAUAUAGGCCACCAACUUAUCAAGGCAACAAUCAACCAAGAGAAGAAGCUCCAAAAGAAAGCUUCGAAGAUAAAGUGAUUAGAAUGUUUGGAGAACUCAAGCAUGAUAUGGUGACUAUGAAAAAUGAAAUCCGACAAGAAUGGAAACAAGAUUUGAGACAAGAAAUGUCAACCAUAAGACAAGAUGUAUCGAACUUGAGACAAGAGCAUCACACUUCACUAAGGAAUUUGGAGAUUCAAGUGGCACAAAAUUCCAAAGCGUUAACCGAGAGACCACAAGGCUCACUCCCAAGUACCACGGUGAACAACCCAAGAGAGAGGGCGCAAGCCGUGACCCUUAGGAGUGGCAAGGAACUCCCGGAGCCAAUCUUAAAGAAAAGCACAAAUCCUAAAAGUCCAAUUGAAGAAGAAAUAGUUGAAGAAAUUCUUCAAGACGACAAGGAGCAAGAGAAGGAAGAAUCAUCGCUACCUUUGAGUUCUAAGGCCACCCAAGCUCAAGACAAAGGGAAGGAAAAAGUUGAUUUACCGAUGUAUCAACCACCACUCCCAUUUCCCGGGAGAGUGAGGAAGAACAUUGACACCACACAAUACGGUAAAUUUCUUGAGCUUUUGAAACAAUUGCACAUUAACUUGCCUUUUCUUGAUGCUCUAGGUCAAAUGCCGAGGUAUGCUAAGUUCUUAAAGGAGUUGCUCACCAACAAGAAGAAGCUAGAGGAGUCGACCACGGUCUUGCUAGGAGAGGGAUGUUCCGCGUUCGUGCGCCGUCAACCAUAG